AUGACCGACAGAGCUCUCCAAUACAAGGGACCCUGGUACCUGUACGACUACGUUUCCCCCAAUGCUUCUACAUUGGACCCAACGGGCACUCCUUUCGCUAUGUCGCCGUUUAUGUACUGA